CACUCGUUGCAAAAUGUGCCGUACGAAUCACGUACGGUACAGUACAUCUACAACAGGGGCUGUCCGUACGUACCUUUAUUUCUAUCGCCCCGAAAAAAUAUUCCAACCCUCGUAUCCUUUUGGUUCAUGAAUGAUUGAAUAGGGAGAAAAUUAGAUUUCCGAAAUACACCGUGACCUAGUACCCGAUUGCUGAAUUCACAAGAAAUACGACAGUUCUUGCAGGUAAUCAGUAAACACUAUCGGGAGGAGAAAGGGAUCAACGAUGGCCUUCAAACAUUUUUUGUUCUUUGCCGCUUUUCGGAUAUUAAACGUCUUCUUGAUCCAGUCUCAAUUCGAUCCGGAUGAAUUCUGGCAGAAUCUGGAACCGUCGUAUUGCCGUGUGUUCGGAGAAGACCUCGCGUUCGACAACAAUUCGAGAUGUCCUGGAUUGACUUGGGAAUGGAAACGUAGACGACAAGAGCGUUACUAUGAUGAAUUGCCCGGGAGCUGGAGCGAUCGGUUAGCGGAUGCCUUCACUUUUGGAUUAGAAGGCCCCGUUCGUUCGUUCUCAUCCAUUCUCCCUACGCUUGUGUUUUACGCCGUGAUCAAGAGGUAUAAAUGGGACUCGUCGUGGAUGGUGUCGAGGGGGCCAUUGAUUGUAAACGCAAUCUUUGUAGCAGCUGUAACCGACUGGUGUGUUUGGUACUCGUCUCGGUGGAUGAAAUCCAUGACUACUGGGAAUGAGCAUAAUUCAAAAGCAAGGAGAGAGGACAGGAAGAACAGGAACAUUGUGUUUUGGUGUAUCUAUUGCAGUCUUACUUCGUGGUUUAAUGGUUACACCCUAGUCCGAACCUACAGCAAUUCUCUUGAAACUUCAUUGUUGGCGGUCUCGUUUGCACUCAUAAGUCCGGUAGGUUUGAAAAUACUGUUCCGUUGUGAAACGUGUGACACUCAAUCCAUUGACGUGUUGGGUCUACAAGUUCAGUACUGCUAUCUGCGGGAUGUACAGGGCCGAUAAGCAAAAGCACUCAUUUACCUUUUCAAUUUGUAUUCUGUGAAAUUAUACGCUUCAAUGGGAACGAAAGGUCUUUCUAUCCGCAGUAGAAACGGCUAGCGAUUCUAAGGCUUCCAUGGCGAGAGCUUGGGUUGCAUUCUUUAUCGGAGGGAUAUGCGUAUCGAUUCGGUUCACGUGUCUGACCGCCUAUAUCCCGAUGGGAAUCAUCCUUGCCCGCCAAACGAGCAAGACAAUAAGCGCCAUGGUCGCAUAUCUGUUUCGGGUUUGCGCACUUGCGGGCUUGCUGGGAUUUGCCUCGACGGUCGUCCUGGAUCGAGUGAUGUACGGCGUUUGGGCUAUACCCGUUCUUGGAAACUUUCAUUUCAAUGUGAUUCAAGGUAAGCAGGAACGAUCCGUGGUUCGAACGCAGUAGUAGAUAUCGCUUGGGCAAUCGUUUGAAUGAAAUUGUGUUGCGUACAAAUACUCAAUCCUACCAACUGCUGAAAUACCACAGGCAAUGGUAGCUUAUAUGGAACACAUCCAUUCCAUUGGUACUUCACAGCGGGGAUCCCCGCAUUGACCGGAAUUCUAUUUCCCGUGUUGGUGUACGACUUGUGGUUCGGGCGGCAGACUCGUGCAACACGCAACCUGUGGACGAUCAUUGCUUGCUACGUUGUAGCGCAUUCCGCAUCGGCGCACAAAGAAUUCCGUUUUCUCUUGCCUGUUUUACCGAUCAUCUGCUUGGUCUGUGGUGCGAGACUGCAAACGCUUGCGAUUGGCCUCGCACCAUCACAAACAAAUAGACUUCUUGUCUCGAUUGCAGGGCUGAAUCUGAUCGCUGUUCUUUAUCUGGGACUGGUACAUCAGCGAGCACCAAUCGAUGUGAACCAAGCAAUUCUGAAAUCGAUAGAUGACUUCAGAGCAUUGCAAGGAGGCAGUGCAGCAGGAAUCGAAGACGUUGCAGUACAUUACUUGAUGGGAUGUCAUUCGACGCCUCUGUUGAGCCAUAUGCACGAUCCGCCCACCAGGUUUGAUCCGUGGUAUCUGGAUUGUGGGCCCAAGUGUAGAGCGGAUUCUGCUACAGAAUGUGAGAGUGACGUCUUUUCCAAAGACCCCGAUGGUUUCUUAUUGCGCACAUACUUCGAACGAGGAAGAGAUAGGUAUUGCGAAACCGAAAACGAGGAUGAUGUGUGCACUGCUACAACGAAUUUCAAACCACGACCAUUGCCUCAGUACGUCGUUUGUUCUUCCGAAAAUUUAGGAGCAAUGAAAAAACGGCUACAGACGAUGGGAAUGCUAGAGAUAGGGAGGUUCAUGAAUGGGAUAAACGGUAUCCAAAUAGGGCGUCACCUUACUUUUGGAUCAGAUUCAUUUUUCGACCCAGAUUCUACCCGUGUUGGAUUUCUCAAUGAUCUCUUCGUUCUUGGCCUCGAAGAAAUCAUUCUAUUUAAAAACCCGAUAUAACAGUAUGACUCUUCAAAUAUUAUAAUAGCCAGGAUUUGUGGGCCAAUGCAACCAACUA